AUGGACUCACCGACGUCGUACAUGCUGCCGGACCCCCUGACGGACCUGCACCACAACACCAACCUGGCCCUCCGCAAGUACCUCCUGCUCCGCGAGCAGCACGAGUCCCUGCAGCAGCACCUCGAGCAGCUCCGGCCCCUCGGCGCCUGCUGCUCCCCGACCGCCGUCACGACGACUGGCUCCAGCUCCCUCGCCGGCUCGCCGACCCGCGGCUCCUUCUCCGCCUCUCCGCCCGACCUGCCCGCCCCCUACAGCACAUCUCCCGCCAUGCCCUCGGCCACGACGCCGGCGGCGACGCGGACGCGCAACCACCAGCGGCGGCGGUCCUCGCUGCCCGCGCCCAAGGCCGUGGUCGGCGGUCCCGGCGGCGUGUGCCUGCACCGGUCGUCGACGGCGGCGGGGGUGUUGGACGAGGCGACGCUGCAGGAGGUCGCGGACGAGGAGGCGCGGCUGUUUGACGUCAACGAGGGCAUCAAGCGCACGCUGACGGAGCUGCUCAACUGCGAGACGGUGCGCAACGACCGCUGCUUCCGGAUGUGGGUGCAGUGCCGGCUCAUGGACACGGAGAAGGAGCUGCGCAGCCUCAGUCGCGACUUUUCACCACCACCAAGCUCGACGACGCAAAACAUCACCAAUACUGCGACGGGGCAGCAAGGCAGUCUCAGCUUGGUUCCUCUGUUCUCCCAAGGCGCCAAGAUGUCUGUCCUCCUCGAGACCAGCGCGGGUGACAUUGUCAUCGACCUGCUGGUCGACUACGCGCCCAAACUUUGCGAAAACUUCCUCAAGCUAUGCAAGGUCAAAUACUACAACUUCUCCCCCAUCCACACCGUCCAAAAGUCCUUCUCCUUCCAGACCGGCGACCCCCUCGGGCCCCUCUCCGCCGAGUCCGACGGCGGCUCCAGUAUCUGGGGCCUCCUCUCCUCCGACCCGGCCAAGCGCACCUUCCCGGCCUUCUUCCACCCGAAGCUCAAGCACCUCGAGCGCGGCACCGUGAGCAUGGCCACGGCGCCGCACCCGUCCGACCCGGACACCCGCCUCGCCGGGUCCCAGUUCAUCGUCACCCUCGGCGACAACACCGACUACCUCGACGGCCGCGCCGCCAUCUUCGGCAAGGUCGUCGAGGGCUUCGACGCCCUCGAGAAGAUCAACGACGCCAUCGUCGACCCCCAGGGCCACCCGCUCGUCGACAUCCGCAUCAAGCACACCGUCGUCCUCGACGACCCCUACCCGGACCCGGACGGCCUGCGCGAGCCCGACGCCUCCCCCCCGCCCUCCAAGGCGCAGCUCGCGACGGUGCGCAUCGCCGAGGACGAGGGCGAGAGGCUGGGCGAGGACGAGGGCGACGAGGAGGCCGGCGACAAGGCGGAGCGGGAUCGCCGCGAGCGCGAGGCCCGCGCCCAGGCCCUGACGCUCGAGAUGAUGGGCGACCUGCCCUUCGCCGAGGUCAAGCCGCCCGAGAACGUGCUCUUCGUGUGCAAGCUCAACCCCGUCACGCAGGACGCCGACCUCGAGCUCAUCUUCAGCCGCUUCGGCAAGAUCCUGUCGUGCGAGGUCAUCCGCGACGCCAAGACGGGCGACAGCCUGCAGUACGCCUUUGUCGAGUACGAGGACAAGGCCGCCUGCGAGCAGGCCUACUUCAAGAUGCAAGGCGUGCUGAUCGACGACCGCCGCAUCCACGUCGACUUCAGCCAGAGCGUGAGCAAGCUGAGCGACGCGUGGCGGAGCGACACCAACAGCAAGCGCAGGCGGCAGGCGAACGGUGGGAAGGGCAAGGGCGGGUGGGGGGGCGUCAGGGAGCUGGAGAAGUGGCGCAAAUAUCGGGAGGAGGACGACGAGGGCGACGGCGACAGGCGCGGGGACUACGAUAUGGUGUACGGCGCGGAGGAGAUGCGGGGGCGGCACGAGCGGAGCGGGCCUGCGCCGGCGGCGCGGAGGGAAGAGGAAAGAGGGGGUGACGGCGGGCGGGGCGGGAUUGAGCGCGGCGGGAAGGAUGGGGGUCGCGCCGGAGACGAGCGGAAUGGGAGGAGGGGAGACGACAGGUGGGAAGGCGGGAAGGACCGGCCUAGAGACAGAGACUGGGACCACCGUGACAGGAGGCGGAGCCGGAGUCCGAGGAGGGACAGGGAUCGAUACUGGGAUGACCGGCCACGCGGUGGUGGAGGGGGCCGAGAUCGGGACAGACGGGACCGCGAUCGCGAUGGGGGCCGGGACAGAGGCCGGCAGGAUGAUUAUAGACGGAGGUGA